AUGGUGGCCCUUCUGGGACAAACAAGGUUCCACAGGUCCGAACCUUUCAUAUCAACAAAUCCAAAACCAGAGACCGGAGCGCUGAAUUCAGGUCCCUUCCACAACUCCACAUCAGACCAUGAGACGCACCAUGUGGGCAGAGACUGUGAGGUCUCAGCACUGGAUGAAGAAGUUCAAGAGAAGGUCCGCACUGACUCAGAGCACUCGGAGAAGAUCCGGUCAGUUCCGAUCCACCGGCGCCCGGAUCUGCUGGCUUCCUGCGCGGACCUCGUGAACUCUGAGUGGCAGAGGAGCCAGUCCGCUCGGGUCCACUCCCUCCAGAAGUCCUGUUCAGAGUUCCCAGUCUGUUUAGUUCUCCUGCAGGGCCACAAAGAGACGGAGCGCCUGCUGGGCCACGCCCGCCUGUCCCGGGUUGUAGGUCAUGGCAGCAGCCUGUUUGUCGAGUCCGUGGUCGUGUCCAGAGCAGAGCGUGGGAAGGGCUACGGACGGACUCUGAUGGAGGAGGUUGAGCGCUACACUAAGAGUCGAGGGUUCAAGCGCCUAUGUCUCACCACGCAUGACAAGCAGCACUUCUACGCCCACCUGGGAUACCUGCUGUCCACACCGGUGCAGAACGCAGGCGCCAUGACGCAAUUUGUCCCCAUGGAGAUGCUUUUGAGGUUCUCCAGGAUGCCAAGUGAGGACGGGAGCAUGCAGAGAGAAACACGGACAGAGAUGAAGUCUGCAGCCCAGCCUGUAGUCCAGACUCUGACUGAAACUCCCUACAGAGACGCUAAAGGAGUCCCCAUCUUUUGGAUGCACAAAGAAAUUUGA